CCAAAAUUUCUCCUUAACUUCCACUCUCUCUCUCUAUAAAUGUCCACACACUACUGCCAUUAAUCAUAUGCUCACUUUCAUUCUCCAAAACAGCUGUUUGCUUAAUGAUCAUGUCUCUAGAGAUUCAACAAAUGGAUGAAGCAAACCGGUUAAGCAUGUGGAAUGGAUACGUAGAUUGGCGAAAUAGACCAGCGUUGCGUGGCUACCAUGGCGGUAUGCUUGCUGCCUCUUUCGUCUUGGUUGUGGAAGUUUUAGAGAACCUUGCGUUCUUGGCAAACGCUAGCAAUCUAGUCUUGUAUCUAUCAACAAAGAUGGGGUUUUCGCCGUCAGGAGCAGCUAACGCAGUAACUGCUUUCAUGGGAACAGCGUUUUUCUUGGCCCUUCUUGGAGGAUUUUUAGCAGAUGCUUUCUUCACCACUUUCCAUAUCUAUCUAGUCAGCGCCGCCAUCGAAUUCUUGGGCUUAUUGGUACUAACGAUCCAAGCACACGAGCACUCCACGGAGCCAUGGGCUCGUGUAGUUCUCUUCGUUGGUCUAUACUUAGUAGCUCUCGGUGUUGGAGGUAUAAAAGGCUCGUUGCCACCUCACGGAGCGGAGCAGUUUGACGAAACAACACCGACUGGGAGGAGACAAAGAUCCUUCUUCUUCAACUACUUCAUUUUUAGCCUCUCGUGCGGUGCCUUGAUAGCCGUCACGGUCGUGGUCUGGCUCGAAGACAACAAAGGCUGGUCUUAUGGGUUCGGUGUCUCCACGGCCGCGAUCUUGAUCUCAGUUCCGGUUUUCUUGUCCGGUUCUCGCUUUUAUCGGCUCAAGGUUCCCAGCGGAAGUCCCAUCACGACUCUAUUCAAGGUCUUAACCGCUGCUUUAUACGCUAAGUAUAAGAAAAGAACUUCAAGAAACGAUGUUACGUGUCAUACAAGAAACGAAUGCAACGACGAUAUAGGCAAGGGAAACGCAGAUAGAGAUGAAGAGAUUCUUGGAUCAUUCCUCGAUGAAGCUGUGAGAGAGCGUGAAUCCUUACCUAGACUGCUCCGUUGCACGGAGGAACAAGUCAAAGACGUGAAGAUAGUCAUCAAGACUUUACCAAUUUUCAUGUCUACCAUUAUGCUAAACUGCUGUCUAGCUCAGCUCUCGACUUUCUCCAUCCAACAAGCUUCGACGAUGAACACGAAGCUCGGGUCGUUAACCGUCCCACCUGCGGCAUUACCUGUAUUCCCAGUCGUCUUCACAAUGAUCUUAGCUCCAACGUACAACCACCUCCUCCUCCCUCUCGCUAGAAAAACAACCAAAACCGAAACAGGCGUAACCCAUCUCCAACGCAUUGGAACAGGACUCGUCCUCUCUGUAUUAGCAAUGGCCGUCGCAGCCUUGGUCGAAAUGAAACGCAAGCUUGUUGUUAAAGAGGUUACUUGCUGCUCAAGCAACAACGCACCUUUCUCUUAUUCUUAUUCUUCGCCGCUUCCUAUAACGUUUCUUUGGAUAGCUUUGCAAUAUUUGUUUCUUGGAUCAGCGGAUCUCUUCACUUUAGCAGGUAUGAUGGAGUUUUUCUUCACCGAAGCUCCUUCAACGAUGCGUUCCCUUGCGACCUCGCUCUCUUGGACGUCUCUUGCCAUGGGAUAUUACUUGAGCUCUGUUCUUAUCUCGGCUGUUAAUUUCGUCACGGGUUUGAACCAACACAAGCCUUGGCUUUUGGGGAGGAAUCUGAACGAGUACCAUCUCGAGAGGUUUUACUGGCUCAUGUGUGUGCUUAGUGGGAUUAAUUUCUUGCAUUAUCUCUUUUGGGCUAAGCGUUAUACGUACCGGUUCAACCAAAGCUAGCAUGAACUAAUUAAUUGUAUAGGGAACCUUGUUGUCUGUUAAAUUAGCAAAUCCAUUAUGGCUAGGGUAUGAUAUCUUGGAGAAUAAGUUAUUAUGAUGGUAAAGUAGUUUUUACGGUCAAGAUUAUAAAUUUAAUUAGC